GUCUAUCAGAUUCGACCGUGGGCCUGUGCGUUUAUAAGCCCCCUCCCAAUGCAGCUCGUAUUUAGACGCAACUCUCCCUUCGUCUUUGCGUGUUCGUGGGUCUGACAGUCCGCCAGCCAGCUAGUCUUCUAUGGCGGAUUCCAUGCGCACGAUCAUGCACGGGACUUGGUUUACCACCGGGCACAGGGGCGGCACGUCCGCGGGAAUGGCAUUGGAGAAGCCGAAGAAGAAUCCUUUUUACCUGGUCAGAAUGAAAUCUCUCACUGGCAAGAAGGAGACCGCGAACAAUAACAACAUGCCCUUCAUUAUCCACUGCCACAUCGGCAAAGAGAUAAAGCACAUUUGCAGCAACUGUAGCCGCGGGAAUGAGGCGCGGGACGCCGAGGAGGUUGAGCGGCUGGCAGCGAUGCGCUCCGAGUCCCUCGUGCCCGGCACCCACACCCCCCCCAUCCGCCGGCGCAGCAAGUUCGCCACCCUGGGGCGCCUCUUCAAGCCCUGGAAGUGGAGGAAGAAGAAGAGCGAGAAGUUCAAGCAGACGUCUGCAGCUCUGGAGCGGAAGAUCUCCAUGAGGCAAAGCAGGGAGGAGCUGAUCAAGAGGGGUGUGCUGAAGGAGAUAUUCGAGAAAGACGGGACGGCCUCGCUGCCGAAAGAGGACGGGAAGAUGGAGAACGGGCAGUCGUCGGGGUCCGUCUCCGGCGCGCUGGACUGCGACGGCAAGGACCACGCCUUCCGGCUGCUCCCCGGCUCGGAGCUGAUGGACGGGUCGGCCUCCAUGGAGUACCGGCCUGCAGAGGUCAGGGUCAGUCCCCCAGAGCCCCCCAAGAAGCCCGCCUUGGUUCUGCCUCCCAAAAAGUCUGUGGGCUUCCACUGUGACAGUCAGGACACGCCCCCAAAGCCCCCGCUGUACCACAAGCAGCCCCCUGCGCUCCCCCCGAAGCCCUUCUCCAGAGUCCCCAAUCAUGUUUCCGACUCAGGACAGCCCAUGAAACUGCCCUACAUGCUGGGGAAGAUGUCUCCUCCUCUACCUCCCAAAAAGGUGGUGAUCUGCGCGCCCCCCUCGGGCCUGGAGUCCUCCCUGGCCGGCUUCCCCCCGAAGUGCUCCCCCCAGCCCCUGAGCGCCCUCCACGGCUCCCUGCUGCCCUCCCACGGGCACCCCCACCCUCACGCGCUGCAGUACGGCACCCUGCCCAUGUCCGUGCACCCGCCCAGCCGCGUCAUCGAGGAGCUCAACAAGACGCUGGCCCUCACCUUGCAGCGGCUGGAGAGUUCCGCGCUGCACGGCGGGCAGUGCAGUCUGAUGGACAUCCGGCAGGUGCCCACCGUGGUCAUCGAAUGCGACGACGACAAGGAGAACAUGCCCGACGAGUCGGACUACGAGGACCUGCCCAGCAUGUACAAGGACGAGGAGGACGAGGACAACGAGGAGGAAGACGAGGAUGACGACGACAUGCUGUUCACAAGUACGCUGGCGCUGAAGGUGCUGAGGAAGGACUCUCUGGCCAUCAAGCUGAGCAACCGGCCCAGCCAGCGCGAGCUGGAGGAGAAGAACAUCAUCCCCAUGCAGACCGACCAGGAGCGGCUGGAGUCGCGGCAGCAGAUCGGCACCAAGCUCACGCGGAGGCUAAGCCAGCGCCCUACGGCUGAGGAGCUGGAGCAGCGGAACAUCCUCAAACCACGCAAUGAACAGGAGGAGCUGGAGGAGAAGAGGGAGAUCAAAAGACGACUGUCACGGAAGCUCAGCCAGAGGCCCACGGUGGAGGAGCUCCGUCAGGCCAAGAUCUUGAUCCGCUUCAGCGACUACGUGGAGGUGUCCAACGCCCAGGACUACGACCGGCGCGCGGACAAGCCCUGGACGCGGCUCACGGCCGCGGACAAGGCCGCCAUACGGAAGGAGCUGAACGAAUUCAAAAGCAACGAGAUGGAGGUCCACGAGUCAAGUCGCCACCUAACCAGGUUCCACAGACCCUAGAACACCACUGUAAGAACAAUGCCACAUGGGAUUUCUGUUAUUUUUAUGUUUUUUUUAAAUAUAUAUAACUCAAAGACCCUCAAGUGCUGUGUGGGGAGCAGUGGCCAUGCCUGCUGUGAGGCUGUGCGUCUUCUCAGUUGCCUUUCGACACCCUGCAACGAGCCAAUGCCACCUGGGCGGACUUGGAAAGGUCGCUGGCGAGGUCGCCCGGCCCCGCCUCGCCCUGCCCCGCCCGGCCUGACCCCACCCUAACACGGCUGGAGCUAUAGGAAGGGAACGAGGAAGUGGUGGUCCUCCACAUCUUCCAAUCCACCCCCCCCCCCCCCCCCCCCCCUUAUCCGCAACAGUAAUGAGCCACUGCCCCUGUUCCUCUCUGCCUCUCCUCCUCAUCCUAGUUGGCAGAAUUUGGGUAGGCUGGGUUGGAUGUGGGAAAGAGGGGGGGGGGGCAUGGUACUGUAAUUGGUGGACCCUGGACCUGCUGGGUUUGGGUUUGGACUCCUGGAUCACUCGGACACCUUACAGAUGGGGUUCGGACCACUUGGAAGGGUCCCCGGGGGGGGGGGGGAUUCCGUGGAAGAAAAGGCUCUUCCGGAGGCCGAGCCAUCGCUAACCAACAAACUUGGUGAUCGCGAACCUGUGCAAUAUUCCUCCCGCCUCUCCCCCCUCCCAGCACAGCGCCCCCUAGGCCCACGGCUGUGUUACUGGAGGAACAGGUGGACUGCUGGUCCCCUUAGCCAGCAUUACUGACACCCUGCGGCCAACCACAAAUAGUAUGAGCAGCACUGUUGAAUCUGUGGAGGGAUUCAGAAAACUGCCCAUUAUGAGCAUUGUGUUAAUAUACGUUAUGGAAGUAAUGGGAGACUUGCCUGUUACAGAUAAGAUUUAAGUGUAAAUCUCUUGAGUAGAUUUUUAUGAACUUUUAAUUAUUACUAUCAUGAAUUCAUGCACUUUCUUUAUUAUUUUUAUCUGCCCUUAGCUGCUUUUUAUUUAAUUAUUUUUUUACUAAAAGGCAUCCCUAACUCUGACCACAUAAGUGUGGGUUCCAGUGCCACAGUCCAGGGAUUUGUAGUUUUUAGUCAUUUUGUUUGUUUUUACUUCCUGUUUGUUUUGAUGGAAAUGUAUAUUCGAAAAUAGAGUUCAAUGAAAUUUUGCCCCCAAAACUUUUCCCAAAAUUGAAGGAAUAUCAUUUGCCAUAUUUAAAAUAUACCUCAUAUUUUACAGAAUAUAUCAGUUCUUGCCACUUUCAUGCAUUGUCCACCUCCUUUUCAUGCAGGUAUGAAAGGGAUAAUAACUUGAUAUGUGUUGUAAUUUAUAAUAUAGGGUAUGUUCGUUCAAAAAUCCAAUGUAUUUUUUUCAUGUUUUUCUUUGGGUUUCUCUUAUGGAGUCAUCGUUCUGUGAACACAGCACAUGAGUACCGUAAUGAACCCUAGGCUUGUGUUUGGUCUCGAGGAUCUAGAACAUUCUGAACUCGGAUGGAGCAAUACGUUCUCAGUGGAUAGGCCAGUUUCACUGAACGUAGACUUCUGUUCUGUGUGUUCUUCCUUAAUACGCUUUAUGUUCCUUUGUUUGAAUUUUAAAUUCAGUACUUCUGGUUUGCCUCCUCCGGUCUCCACCUUUUUAAUUUAUUUAUAUAUUUUGUUUAUUUUAUUUUAGGUGCCUGAAAUAUAGAUUUUAUGGUGAUGCCACACCUCAAAAUUGGUUUAAAAAAGAAAAAAAAAAAAAAAAAAAAAAACCCCACACACAUUUGUGGAGAUUAUCCCCUUUUCCACCUUAACAUUUUUUAAACAUUUUUUUUCCACUCACUAAUGGGAAGAACUACACUUGCGUUUUAGCACGGGUUUUAGGCCACCUCAAAUUAGCUUUCUUUUAAAGGAUCUACUCAAAGGCACAUUUAAUCUUACACGUUUUUAUUUAAAGACUUAAUGUACAAAACAAUUUAUUUCUUACCGGAGUGAAGUAACUUCUUUAUUUAAUGGCUACUGUUUGUGUGCCAAGUGUUUAAUUUUUUUUUUUUUUUUAUAAAAUGUGCCAUCUGGUAAAAUUUGGAAAGGAACAAUGACCACAGGUGGACUAUCACAGGUUUACAUAACCCUUUUUGUAACUUUCUCCUAUGUGCAAAAUAGCCUGGAAAUGGGAGGAACUUACAAAAGCUUAAGAAACUUGAUUUAAUUUUUUUACAUUUAUUUUCAAAGUACAGUUUGCGUGAUUUUGUUUCCCGAUGUUAGCAGAGAAGUGGAACUGCAGCGAUACACUCCAGGGUUUUUUUUUUCUUCUGCAUUUCAAGCUUUCAUCUGAUCCAAUUAAUCUAAUUUAGGAUCUAAGGCACAAGAAUCUGUUGCUAAUUGGUGUGUGGCAGGGGAGUUUAUUCUUGAACUCGCAUCCGUCUCUUUCCAAUAGUGCGACUUAACAUUUGUUCCAUUUCAGUAAAUGAGUGGUGCAGUAUACUCGAGGGGAAGUUUGAUAUAGCAAAAGAAAAACGGUUUUUUUGCGCUUCCUGUUGAGCUUAAAUUUGUUUUCGCUCAAUAACAGAAAUCCAAAGUACAAAAAUAAACAGUAGGUCUGUCACUAUUGGGUUCUGGAAUGAUGUAGAGAAUUUUGUGUAGCGUUUGGUUCUUGCUUGAACAACGGCUUCACCGGCACGAGUAGUAGAGUACACAAACAUCUUGUUUGAUCAAAGAAUGUGUAUUCAGCAAUAAAUGUAUUCAUUUUUAUUUUUUGCUUGUACAAGGCGAGGGUGAAUUUUUAAAUUUGUGAGCCCCCAAACCCCCCCCCCCCCCCCCUUUCGGGAACAGAUUGAAACAUGGUCCACCGACUUGCAUUCAUUCUCUGUUAAUGUUGAUACUUAACAGAAUAUAGCCCUAAUAUGAGAGGAAAGAUUGGGAGAGGGGUGAAAGGCCUUUUAAGGGGUUUGUUUAUUUAUUUAUUUUUAAAAUUUUAACUUCUGAAUCAGCUCACUGACAGAUGAGAACAAUUUUACUUUUUAAGUCUAAAGGGAGACAUUUAGUUGCCUUAAAUGCUCGUUCUUUCAAGAAAUUCAGUGGGGGGGGGGCACUUUUCUUCAUGGUCCCGACACACCAAAAAGACUUGAAUGAUGACAUUAUUGAAAAUUUCUGUCAACUGGUGGUGUUUUGUGUGGUGUAUCUGUACAGUUUAGCCUCAGUCCAUCUCCUGGCUUUAUAGAUCUUUCCUUGGUGACCCAUGGGCACCAGCACUGAUGUCUCUUCUUUUCUGUCGCUCUACCCUUGGCCAGCAGCAGGGGGUGCCACAAGCAUCCCUCUGAAACAGGGUAACAACUGCCAUGAUGCCAGCUUUGUGUUUACUGAUUUGACCAGUACUUGUUUACAAGGUUUAAGUGUUGCCAAACUAUCAAAGUGGAUACAUUUUGGAAAUUUUUUCAAAAUAUUCAGCAUAUAUUACAAAAUGUAUGUAUUCUUGCUUCUUUGUAGCCUAUGUGGUGCAUAUAUUAUGAAGUAUUUUACAAGCCAUCGUGCUGAUUCAUAAAAUGACAAGAAAGACUAAUUUAUGAAAAGUAGCAAUUGCGUAUAUUUUGUAAUAUAGCCAGUGUGUUUUGAAUAAUGUUGAAUCUUUAUCGGCAAUUUUAUAAGGGCAAAUUUUUGUUAAAUGUUUCUGAAAUUCCUUAAUUGGUAAUGUAAGAUGACAUGAAAAUGGCAAACAGUUAAUAUAUUGGUAAACUUGUGCAAUGAUAUCCAGAGGGUAAAAAUAAAUGUAUUCUGGAAAAAUGCAUUCACUUUGAAUAAAAUAUGGGGUGCAAAUAUAGGGGUCAUCUUGGAGCGGGGCAAAAUAAUUUUCAUACAACUGAUUGGAUAAAUUCCCAGCACAGUAUUUUUGGUGCUGAUGGACUUCAUUGCACAUAUUCAGUGGUUAAUUCAUGUGAUGACCACGUCUUGUAGAAUCAGCAGGUGAAUGGUUCAGGCGUUGGGAAGGUGACCUUCACUUUAGGUUUUAAGCCCGUCUGCAUGCAUAACUGCCACCUUACUACACAUUUUUAACUUGGAGGAAGGAUCAGUACCUGAUGUUCUUAAUAUAACAAUGGUGUUUCUCAGUGGAAAACCUUUUCCACUGAGAGGUUCCUGAAAUCAUGUACUGGAACCUAUUAAGUUUGAGUCCCUCCUAUGAGCUCCAUGAACAGUGCCACACCUAGGAUUUGAACCUGCAAUACUCUGUUUACCUGUUCAGUUUCUUUUUAUGCUACACUGUCUCUUAUAUACCUCAGUUUACUGUGUCAUUUAUAGCACUCCUGUGAUCAUUUAUGUUUAUCAGUUCAACAUAAUGUAAUAAUGAUUUCACCGGUUUGUAAAAAAAAAUAUUUAUACUCCUUUGAAAUGGACUUCAUGCAGCUGGCCCAGAAUGCCCUGUGAGCUUUGAGCUUCUCCCCCUGAAACCUGAGCCCAGUGGCUCAGCAGUUAGAGCACAAAUGCAGCGGUAACCGAGCCUGAUUUUGGGCCGGGGUUAAAACCGUGCUUUCGCUGUCUUUUCCCCGAAAGCGCGGUUCAAACUCGCAUCUCUGCGUUGUCAAGUCCGUUUCCGACUGUAGAGUCUGAGUACGGUGUAUGCGAUGUGACAACCCAGGAGUGAAUGCUGUGGCCGAUUCCCUGUACCCUUUCAGGAUUGUUCAUUUUAACGUUUUGAAAGAUGUAAAUAACACCAAUUAACUGGUACUGCCAGACACGAGUUUACUUUUUUUCUUUUUUGUACAGACUGAAACUGCAUGUAACCUUUGAACUUUUCUGUUUAUCUUGGUGUAUGCAGUUUCUUAUAAAGAAACCGAAUUAAACUUUUUUUUUUCCAAUCUCUGGAGCCUUCGCACAUCUGUUAAGAAUUGGUAUGUACAUAUCUCCUGUUUCACCUCACGAGCCUACAAAUACAAACUGUCCCAAAAUCCAUUACCCCCAGAACAUGGUGUUGGCAGUAACCAUACUGUUAUUGAACCAAAAUAAUUGCAUUCUGUCAUUUCCUGUUUUUGGAGUGAUUCAAAUAUGACCAACUACAAAAAAGUACAUUACUGUGGUUAAAAAAAAAUGUAGAUCAAAGUACAAACAUGUCUGUAUAAAUGGCUAGUGCUUUUUAUGUUUGAAAAUACAUGAAAGUUUAGAAGUGAUGUAAGAAUUCUCUGCAGGAACAGGGUACAAAGUGGGUGUGUUAUGAAACUGCCUGUUUAAAUAAUACAUUCUGAGAAGAGAGUACUGUGCUUUCAUUUUGAUAUAAAGCCCAGUGCUCAUAUUUCAACUGAG